GGGCCCCGCCUCGGGGUGUCUCAGGCGCUCGCGCCUCAGUUUCCCCCACUCCCCCCCCGGCCGUAACAAGCCUUCCUCGCCCCCAGGAGCCCGGGGUGUGCUGAUGCCAUGGCGGCCUCCGACCAGCUCCGCUUCCACGAAUUUGACGAGGCCGCCGACCUGCUGGCUGCAACCCCCGAUGCAACAACCACCAGUGUCAGUGAGCGGCAGAGCCAUGUGGCCCUGGAUGUGGGCUCCAGCUAUGACGAGAAUGAGGAGGGCGAUGAGAGCGAUAAGACAGAGCUGCUGAGCGGCCAGAAGCAGCCACCAAGUUUCUGGACCUUCGAGUACUACCAGGCCUUCUUUGAUGUCGACACCUACCAGGUGCUGGACAGGAUCAAGGGAUCACUGCUUCCACUACCAGGGAAGAACUUUGUGCGGCAUUAUCUACGGAACAACCCUGACCUGUAUGGGCCCUUUUGGAUCUGCACUACGCUGGUGUUCACACUGGCCAUCAGUGGCAACCUGUCCAACUUCCUGGAGAAGCAUGGCAACACCUCCUUCCGCUACAGCCCCCAGUUCCACAAAGUGACCAUUGCAGGCGUUGCCAUCUAUUGCUAUGCGGGGCUGGUGCCGCUGGCCCUGUGGGGCUACCUGCAGUGGCGCAAGGGUGUCUGCCUCAAUGUGGCCUCCUACACCCUCCUGGAGACUGUGUGCGUCUAUGGCUACUCCCUCUCAGUGUACAUCCCUGCCUCGGUGCUGUGGCUCAUUCCAGUCUCCUGGCUGCAGUGGCUGCUGAUCGCCACCGCUAUGACCCUCUCCGGGUCUGUGCUGGUUCUCACCUUCUGGCCACUCAUCCGCUUAGACAGCCGGGCUGCCACAUUGGCUGCACUGACCAUUGUCCUCGCCCUCCACGCGCUACUGGCUGUAGGCUGCAAGCUCUACUUCUUCCAGAAGCCAGUAUAUGCUGUCCCUCUCCACUCUGCCCACACUAAGGCUCCAGGGGGGGCACAGCUACUUACAGCCUCUCACCCCCGCCUCAACAGCUCCAUGACUACCCCCCUCCGUUUCUGAAGGAUGGCAGGUGAGAGCUGGCCAGGGGGGCAUGGGGCAGAACUGGCUCCCCCUGUGCCCUAGUUCCUGGCCAGAGAAGAUGCCCCCAACUCUAUCCCCACCACAGCCAGGGUUUCAAGCAGCAGCUGAGGCACCUGUUACAGGAACAUGGGACAGAGUCUGAGGAGCAGGACCCUGGGGCACGGUGGUCUCUAUGCCAGGGCAUGACAGGUGCAACCCCCCUGGAGACCCUGUACCAGCUUGGAUUCACCCUUGUACUGCUGUUUCAGGCUUUGGAGGACCAGCCCCUUCUCUUUGCCUCUAGGGCUGUGUGAAGCCAUCAGCCAGCUCCCCAAACCAGUUCAGAUGGAUGCCCCAUCACACCCGCUGUAGCUUCUUCGACACUGACCAGCCCUGUUGGUAACACACGGCAGCUGCCUGCUCUCAGUCUCUGCUCCAGGCUGAAGCUCCACUCUGCUUGAGCCCAGCCCAUUCCCAGAAGUCCUGGUUAUUCUCAGCAGCAAGGGUGACUACCCUUGGUCGCAGCAUCCUUGUGGCACUGUGGGGGGCUGAAGUGGAUUGUGCCUGCCAUAGGGCAUCCUUGGGAAGCAGGCAGCAGGGCUCAGGUUUCUCAGUGAACAAUUUUUAUAUGCACAAGUUGCUGGAAUAAACAGCAAGGCUGCUCCCA